AUGCAUAAUUAAUUACUAACUAAUAGAUCUAAUAUCAAAUCUGAUCGUAUUUCCAAGAUCUUAUCAGCCUACACUGUUGAAAAUGAUAAGAAUAACCAAUAGAGUUUUAGAAUGCUAAGUUAAAAAAUCAAAAAGAAAGUACAAAUUUUAGAUAUAAAAAGAUAGGAAAUCAAAUAAAUGAUCAUCAAACUCUAUAUCCUAAACAAGAUAUCAAACUGAAUAAAAUUGAAAUCUCGAAGUUGUUUAAUGAAUAUAAAAAGACUCAAAUCUAAAUCAGUGUUAAAGAUUUACUCAUCCAUAAAAGUUAAAUGCAAAAAUCAUUAUCCAAAAAAUCUAGAAAUUCUAAUCAACGCUAAAAUGAAAUCAUUGAAAAAUUGAAUAAGACAUAAAAUGAAAUCUACAAGAAUUACAUUGCAAAAAGAGAUUCUAAUGGAUCAAAAACCUAUAGAGACUCAAGUAAUUUCAGCCUCUCUACUUAGGGGAUUUGGAUAUCCGUAUCAAGUUGAAUAACAAAAGUACUUCAACCCAAUAAGCCUUACUCUAAACAUUUAUCAAUAAAAGUAAUGAAAAAAAGUCAUUUGAACCAGGAGAUUCCCCAAAUUUAUGUAGUACACCAUAACAUACAAUGCUACAAUCUGUAAUCUAAAAUAGUCUACUUUUACGCUCAGGUAGCCAAGGAAAUGUUGCUUGCACUUCUAAAUUAAACACUAAAUUAUCAGAAUCUAAACUUAAUAAAAUAAAAAACUAUCUUGAAUAAGCUAAAACUCAUCGACCAAUUACUGAUUCUUAUAAAUUAAGUUAAGAUAUUAAUCAAAUUAAAAAUACCAAACUAGUCUCAGUAGAAAGAAAUAAGCUUCUAUCUAUCUUAAAAAUAGCCCAUAGAGCUAAAACUAAAAUAGAUCAAUUUAAUGAAUAUUUAAAAUAAUAAGAAAAAAUUUCAUCUGUAAUAUAGAGUUUAAAAUUGAAUGAAUGUAUUUAUUCUGUUUUAAGUUAGUAUCAUAUGAAAAUAGUGUUGAAUCAAUCUUAUCUUUAGAAUGA